GGACGACUAUUAGUCGAUAGAAAAUCCGGAUCGACUGUUCCCGCAGUUUAACGCUUUUACUAAUUUCAUCAUGAUUUAUAGAUCAUACGAUAUCUCCGGUGCAUUCUGAAGUUCUCCACCUUUGUGGGUCACGUAAACAAAAAGAAUUGAGUCUGCUUUGUCGUUGUUUGGGAGGACUGCAGCGAUUUAUAUGAGCUCGAGAUGGCCAAAGCUGCAGAACAAGCCUAUUACCGGUUUGUGGUCCUGUUUUUUAACUGUAUGCUGACUUUCGGCUCUUAUUUCUGCUUUGACAUCCCCAGUGUCCUCCAGGAGCAGUUUCAGGGAAAUUUGACAUGUCCUAACGGGACGCUGAGUAACAGCACUGCUAAUGGCACAGGAGCGUGUGUGGAAGGAUUGGGAAUGACGCCACAGGAGUACAACCUGCUUUAUGCCAUCUACGCCUGGACGAAUGCUGUGGUGGUCAUCAUGGCAGGAUUCCUCAUUGAUAAGUUGGGAAACCGCUUUGGUGUUUUCCUGUUCUCCUUCCUGACUGUGCUGGGAUCAGCUAUCUUUGCAUUGGGGUCUCAUUUUAAGGGCACGACAUACCUGUUACCCCUCAUGCUGACCGGACGACUUCUGUUUGGUUCUGGAAACGGAUCCCUGACCAUUGUCCAGAACCGUAUCACAGCGUUCUGGUUCCGCGGGAAGGAGCUGGCUCUGGCGUUUGGGCUGACCCUGGCCUUCUCCCGCUUGGGCUCGGUUCUGAACUUCUUCCUGACGCAGAGGUUUGAGUCUCAGUACGGUAUGCAGUGGACGCUGUGGGGAGGCACGUUCCUGUGUGUUCUUGGCUUCCUGUCGGCUAUAACGGUCAGCGUUCUGGAUAAGAUGGGCAUGAAGCAGCUGGGAUUGGAUGGAGUGAUUCAGGAGGAGUCACGCAAAGUGAGAGUUCAGGAUGUGAAGCGUCUGUCUCUCAGAUACUGGCUGCUGGUUCUUACCAUCAUGUUCUUUUAUAAUGGCAUCUUCCCCUUCAUCGCUGAUGCCAGUAAGUUCAUCCAGGAUAAAUACAGUGGAUACAGUCAGAAGGAGGCGGCGUACAUCGCAGGAGCUGUGUAUGACAGUUCACUGGUGCUGUCUGCUGUCGUCGGCAUCCUCAUCGACCAUGUGGGGCUGCGCGGUGUGUUUGCGGUGCUCUGUGCCGUGUUGACACUGCCUGUGUUUGGUCUGCUGGCCUUCACGUUCGUCCCUCCUCUCAUAUCUACCAUCUGGCUUGGCAUCACUUACUCAUUCGCUGCUGCGAGCAUGUGGCCGUCCAUCCCGCUGGUGGUUCCUCAAGCCACACUGGGUACAGCGAUGGGACUGGCCACAUCCGUACAGAUGAUCGGCAUCGGCGUUUCUAAUCUAGUGGUGGGACAGAUUCUGGGAACCAAAUCCAGUGAUGUUAAGAUCCCGUUGUGGAGAUGGCAAUACAUGAUGAUCUUCAUGCUGGCCAAUACCAUCAGCUGCAUAGUCACCUCUAUCAUCCUCAACAUCGUUGACUACAGACAGGGAAGCACUUUGAAUAAGACGACUAAGAGGUCAGCGGCUCAGAGCGCUCCUGCUCAGACCGACAGAGAACCGCUGAUGAAUGAAGAGGACAACGAGGAGAUCAACAAUUCUCCAUCCAUCAACAGGACAUAGAGGAAUCGCUCACAGUCUGUGUCUCGUGUCAUUGGAUGUUACUAAAGGGAAACGCGUGCUUUCAGAAACGUGUCAUAUGGUGUUCAGUAUUAACGCUAACAGAAAGACUUCAGGUACCCUCAUUUGAAGAGUUUGACUUCUCAGGCCACUCCUUAAACUCUGUUCUUGAUUACCAAGUUUAAUGUAAUUCUUUCAAGAAUGUGAAAGAUCAGUAAUCAUUUCUUAUAAAUUAUGGAAGCUGGUGUGGAAAUAUUGACACUCUUCUGUUUUAUAACAUCAGACAAACAUCAGCUAUGUCAGUUUGUUUUCUUAUAAGCCAUUGUUUCACAAAGGAACUGUUAUUGUCCUCCUAAUUUUGAGAUUAUUACAUGUCAUGUCAUUGUCAGAUACACAAAUCAUGAAAAGUUAACAUUGCCUUUAAACUUGCAUUAAUGGCUGCUUACAAAAUGAUUGAAUAAUAUGCAUUUUGCAAUUUUUAAGUUUUUUUUUAAUAAUAAUAAAAAAAAAGUUUUGUGUCACUAAGA